CUCCCUUUGCGUGGGCUAGAUGGAAGACAAGAUGAUGUCCAACUAUGCACAACCCCGGAGAACAUGACUCAAACGUUGUCGAGCAAAUUGCCGACACUGACGUCAUUCCUUCAAAGAGCCAUUGGGGAAAUCGAUGUACGAGACGAGUUGGUCGCGUUUCGGCUCGCGACCAACAAGAUUGAAGUCCUAGUGGCCGGUGACAAACAGUUCACCGCUUGUGUCGUACAAAGAGUGGCCAAGAAGAAGCACUUUCAGGAAUAACUGAUCGAAGUUAACGCCGUAAUCAAUAAAUUAAACAGGUCUAGUAUUUUUUAUCUUAAGAUUCUAAAGUCGUGACUAUUGAACUACUACGAAGAUUAUACUAUGAAGAUUAUUACGAAUCUAAUAAAAGAUUUCCACGAUGAGUGGUUAGUCAAAACUACUGCAUCUCUAAACGAAAUCAAUCCAAUAGUCGACAGAAUCAUGGAGGAUGACUCUGUUGAAGGAGUCGUCUUGACUAAUAAAGAAGGAGUGCCAGUAUUGACAAAUAUGAAUCUAAUAGGCGCUACCAACUACGGGCUGGCGAUGCGACGCCUUGGUUAUAUGACCCACCUCAGUAUCGCGGAAAUUGACCCCUUCGAUGAAGUGUUAAUUUUAAGAAUAAGGACAAAGAAAUUGGAAGUCAUGGUCGCGCCACACUUAGAGUUCAACAUCGUUGUGAUGCAAGCCGCAAGAGCUCAUAAGAAAAUGGCGAACAAUAUUAAACAAAACGAAAAAAAAACGGGAAACCUGAAAAUCAAGUAUGACAACACAGAGCUCAAGCUAACCAAACUUACAACUAGAGGUAAAAUAUCUGCGUACUGA